CUUUUUAAGGGUCAAGUGUUGUUAAUGAAGUGUAAUUCGUCUCUGCAAUCCCUCUUCCUCAACCAUGGCCUUUCCUUCAUUUGAGCUCUCACCACCACCUCCGCCGUCAUCACAAGUAGAAGAAAACACAACUACGUCCGUGAUAAUUAAACAAGAAAACGCUUCCAAUUCCACCAAAACAAGCAAGAACUACAAUCUUCUCCUAGCGAUCAACUACGCUUUUCUGUUUGUGGGCUCUGUUUCUUCAACCCUAAUCUUCAAGUUCUACUUCAUCCACAAGGGUUCCAGCAGAUGGGUCUCCACGUGGGUUCAGUCUGCCGGGUUUCCUCUCCUCCUUCUGCCCGUAUUCCUCCCUUAUUAUCUCUUCAAAUGCACUCGACGCCGACCCUUUUCCGGCUUCUCCUCAAAGCUUUUGCUGCUGUCAAUGGCCGUCGGCGUUUUCUUGGGCGUUAACAACUUUCUCUUUUCUUGGGGAAACUCGUAUUUGCCAGUUUCCACGGCUUCUCUUCUCCUUUCUUCGCAACUGGCUUUCAAUCUCAUCCUGUCCGUCAUUAUCGUUAAACAAAAAAUAACGUUUAUGAAUCUCAACUGCGUCAUACUUCUGACGCUGAGUUCAGUUCUUCUCGCCCUGAGUUCCAGCCACGACAAACCCCAAGGUUUAACCCGCGGCAAAUACAUGGUGGGCUUCUUCUCAACCCUAGGCGCAGGGUUCUUGUUCGCUUUGUAUCUCCCGGUAAUGGAGAAGAUAUACCGGAAAGUGUACUGCUAUUCCAUGGUGGUAGAGAUGCAGCUUGUGAUGGAAAUGACGGCGACAGUUUUCGCCACCGCGGGCAUGGCGGCGGACGGCGGGUUUUCAGAUAUGAAGGUUGAGAGCGCCAGGGUGUUUGAUAAAGGCCCGGUUGAGUACUGGUGUACUAUCGCCGGAAAUCUGGUAUUGUGGCAGUUCUGCUUCAUGGGCACAGCGGGAAUGGUGUUCUUGACGACGUCGUUGACGGGAGGGAUAUGCAUGACGGCGUUGAUGGCGAUGAACGUGGUGGGAGGAGUGGCGGUGUAUGGAGAUGAGUUGGGUGGCGUGAAGGCGGUUUCCACCGUGCUUUGUGUUUGGGGGUUUUGUUCUUAUUUGUAUGGGAUGUAUAUGAAGAACAAGAAUCAAAAGCAAAGUAGUCAUCAGUCGUCGACCAUUCAGAUGGAGGAGGUUUCCAUCGCACAUACUGCUUCCUAGCUCCCUCUCUCUCUCUCUCUCACACACACACAUGUAUAAUUAGAAUAUCAAUCCAGUUUAAUCUGGAUUAAUUAAUUAAUUCAGGAUAGAGAACAAUAUGAUGUUGGCGGGUGUAUAUAUACAUAUAUUUUGUAUAAUUUUUUCUCAAGAAAACUUCCAUAAGGACUUACUUAUAUAUAAUUAAUAGUGUGUAAGUGUAAGAUAUUUAUUGA